CUCAAUGAGGUUAUGCGCGCUGGUAGUUCUGUGCUCAUAAUAUAAUCGAUUUGAUUACAAGACAGGCACUCUGCGUUACGUGCGCGCGCUUGUCUGCGUGUAUAUGUAAUGUUUAUGUGUUUAUUUUUUUUUCUCCGAAUAUAAGUGGGAUCGAGAUCGGCCUUCAAAAUAUUCUGAUUUCCGAUGCAAUUAUUGUUGUGUUUCCGCGGUUCUUAAAUGAUCACUAUUUAAUCCCUGGUACGCGUAUUUUAUUAAAGUAAAAUUAAGAUAAGUUAGCUGUGUCGAUUUUUAUCCCCGAUGCUUGAGAAAUAUUGUGUGCGUUCAUUGCUGUAAAACAAAGGAAUAUUGUAAAAAAUGGCUGAAGUAAAACCUGCCAGUAGUCAACAACAACCAAUCGUCAAAAUAGGUCAUUAUAUACUUGGACAAACACUCGGUGUUGGUACGUUUGGCAAGGUGAAAAUUGGUGAACAUCAGCUUACCAAACACAAGGUGGCUGUCAAAAUACUCAAUAGACAGAAGAUUAAAAGUUUGGAUGUGGUUGGAAAAAUACGUCGAGAAAUCCAAAAUCUCAAACUCUUCCGUCAUCCUCACAUCAUUAAACUGUAUCAAGUUAUCAGCACGCCUACUGAUAUAUUUAUGAUAAUGGAGUAUGUAUCUGGUGGAGAACUAUUUGAUUAUAUAGUAAAACAUGGUAAACUUAAGGAAUUUGAGGCUCGUCGUUUCUUUCAACAAAUCAUAUCUGGCGUUGAUUAUUGUCAUAGACACAUGAUUGUACAUAGAGAUUUAAAACCUGAAAACUUAUUAUUAGAUCAUAAUCUACAUGUUAAAAUUGCUGAUUUUGGCUUAUCCAAUAUGAUGAUGGAUGGAGAAUUUUUAAGAACAAGUUGUGGAUCACCUAACUAUGCUGCACCUGAGGUUAUUUCAGGAAAGUUGUACGCUGGACCUGAGGUAGAUAUUUGGUCAUGUGGUGUUAUUUUAUAUGCAUUAUUAUGUGGUUCUUUACCUUUUGAUGAUGAACAUGUGCCAACUUUAUUUCGAAAAAUUAAAUCUGGUAUCUUUCCUAUACCAGAUUAUUUGAACAAAUCUGUUGUUAGUUUGCUGUGUCAUAUGUUACAAGUUGAUCCAAUGAAGAGGGCAUCUAUUGAAGAUAUUAAAAAACAUGAAUGGUUCCAGUAUGAACUACCAGCAUAUCUUUUCCCUUCACCAGUUGAUCGAGACUCUUCAGUGAUUGAUACAGAUGCUGUUAAUGAAGUUUGUGAAAAAUUUAGUGUAAAAGAUUCUGAAGUUCAUAAUGCUUUAUUAAGUGGUGAUCCACAUGAUCAAUUAGGUAUUGCCUAUCAUUUAAUAAUUGAUAAUAAACGAAUUGCUGAUGAAGCAGCCAAAGCAGAAUUAAAAGAUUUUUAUAUUGCUAGUAGUCCACCUCCAGCAGGAGGAAGUUUGGAGCCAUCAACUUUAAAUUCAGUGACAAAACCACAUCCUGAAAGAAUAAUAUCUCAAAGAGAACGUGCUCAAUCUAUAGAUCAAGGUGCGAGAGGAUCUCCAAUGAAAAGAGCUAAAUGGCAUUUAGGCAUACGAUCUCAAAGCAGACCUACAGAUAUUAUGAAUGAAGUAUACAGAGCAAUGAAAGCAUUGAAUUUUCAAUGGAAAGUAAUAAAUCCUUAUCAUGUUCAAGUAAGACACAUGAAUCAAAAAACUGAUAAUUAUAUCAUGAUCUCGCUACAAUUGUAUCAAGUUGAUUACAAAAGCUAUUUGUUAGAUUUUAAGAGUUUAACAAAUGAUCAGUUGGAAAAUGGAAAUAUACCUGCACCAACCUUGGAAAUUGAAAAUCAAUCUCCAAGACAAGAUGUUGCUGUACAAUCACAAAAAAAAUGUGUAGGACAUCAUACAAUGGAGUUUUUUGAAAUGUGUGCGUCUUUGAUUACUCAACUUGCCCAUUAAUUAAUAAAUACAAAUAUUUGUUGCAAUUAUUUAAUGCAAGUAUAUACCAAAUUGUUAAAAAAGUAAAUGUAAUCCUUAGAUGAGCAGUUAGUUGUUUUUUUGUUGUAUAAUUUUCUCGUAUUUAUAUGUAUGUGGCCAUACAAAUUUUACAUUAUAAAAUUUGUGAGAGAUUCAAUCAGUCUAUCCUAUCAGAAAACAUACUUGGUUGUGAAUUGGAAUGAGGCCCAUUAAUCAACUAUAUUGAAUUAUCCCCCUCCAUAUCUAUAAUAUAUACUAUCUUCGCUUAUCAAAAUUUUGUGGAAAGCAUUGUUAAAUAAAAAACGGAAUGCAUCAUGAGUGAAAAGUUUUCUUGUGGAAACAGAUUUUAGUAACAGAACUUAAAUGAUCUUAUACCUUUAUAUUAUAUGAUUGUUUUAAUAUAUGUAUUAUUUUAUGGUUGCCUAUAUGUACUUUUGUUUCAAUA